GAGAGAAGCUCAGCAUACAAAUUAGACUCUGGCAGAGUUGUUUUCCUGCAGUUGUUUUGAAGGACAGAAACCAGCACCUCUGCAACCAUGACCACUUUUGACGACAUCCUGGAAGAAGCUGGGAAGUUCGGCCGCUGCCAGAAGCGUAUCUUCGCCCUGCUGUGUAUGGUGUCUAUGCCCUGGGCCGGGGUGUACGUCGGCAUCGUGUUCCAGGGUUUCACCCCCGAUCACUGGUGUCGGGACUCUGCGGUGGUGGAGAGGAGGCAGGCCUGUGGAUGGAGCCUGGCAGACAGUCGCAGGCUGACGGUGCCUCUGGUCAACAGCUCUGGAGUGCUGCAGCAGAGCACCUGUGAGCAGUUUGAGGUGAACUGGAACGCCACAGAUCUCACCUGUGAUUCCAAGGAGCUGGACCUGGGCAGAACUCCCACAACUGGCUGCAAAGAUGGCUGGGAGUACGACUACGAGGGAAGGCAGUCUUUUGUUACUGAGUUUGACCUGGUGUGUUCAGACGCAUGGUUGGUGGACAUGUAUCAAGCCACUCUGAACGUGGGCUUCCUGGUUGGGAGCAUCGCCAUCGGCUACCUGGCUGAUAGGUUUGGCAGGAAAAUGAGCUUCCUCAUGUCCAACUUGCUGAAUGGGAUCGCCGGGAUCCUGGUGGCCGUGGCUCCGAACUACGUGACUUUACUGGUUUUCAGGACAUUUUACGGGUUCGGAGUGAAGGGAGGCUGGGUGGCUGGAUAUGUGCUGAUCACAGAGAUCGUGGGGGUGGAGUUCAGACGGACAGUGGGAGUCGUUUACCAGAUGUUCUUCAGUGUCGGCAUCCUCCUCCUGCCUCUGCUCGCCUAUUUCAUCACUGACUGGCGCUGGCUGCAGGUCGUCAUCACCGUCCCCUACAUCAUCUUCCUGUCCUACUACUGGCUCAUCCCAGAAUCUCCAAGAUGGCUUCUCUCCCAGAACAAGAAAUCCAAAGCUGUGGAGAUCACCGAGGCCAUGGCCAAAGAAAACAAGAAGACUCUGUCGAAGAACAUCGAGACUUUGACUGAUGAUAACGCUGAGUCCACCACCGCCUCCUUCAUGGACCUGAUCAGAACACCAAAAAUGAGAAAGCACACCUUCAUUCUCAGCUACAAUUGGUUCACCAGUGCUGUCGUCUACCAGGGUUUGAUCAUGAGGCUGGGUAUCCUGGGAGGAAACGUCUACAUCGACUUCCUCAUCUCCGGCCUGGUGGAGUUCCCUGCUGCCUUCCUCAUCCUCUUCACCAUUGAGCGCAUCGGCCGACGCCUGCCCUUCGCCGCCGCCAACAUCGUUGCUGGAGCUUCCUGCUUCAUCACUGCCUUCAUUCCUGACAGCAUGUUCUGGUUUAAGACGGUGGUGGCCUGCAUCGGCCGGCUGGGCAUCACCAUGGCCUUUGAGAUGGUGGUGUUCGUUAACACUGAGCUCUACCCAACGUUUGUCAGGAACCUGGGAGUGUCAGUGUGUUCCACUUUGUGUGACGUUGGAGGCAUCGUGGCUCCCUUCCUGCUCUACAGACUGGCUGUCAUCUGGCUCGAACUGCCGCUCAUCAUCUUCGGGUCUCUGGCUUUCCUGGCUGGUGGUUUGGUGCUGCUGCUUCCUGAGACCAGAGGAGUGCCGCUGCCCGACACCAUCGAGGACAUCGAGUUUCCUGAAAAAGCGAAGGAGAAAGCUGCACUGAAGAACCAGCAGUUGGCCAACCUGCUGCCCAACAACGACGUAUCGUCCAACAAAGAUCCAGCAACUGUGUAGCUUCCAUCAGAGAACAAAGUAUUUAUUUAUGUUAUUGAACAGUGUUGCUUUGGAAUAUAUUAGAUACCUCCUUAAUUGUAGUUUUUGACUGUGUGGCCAGCUGUAUCAAAAGUUUUCUAUGUUUGUCUAUGAGCUGUAUUUUGAAGAAUUUUGUGUUUAGAUUAACUUGAUGUUAUGUUCCCAGUUCUGGCACUGCAUUAUUAAAUUAUUAAAGAGUUUUCUUUUAACACAA